UCUUAUCCUCCUUCCUCUCUCUCUCUCUCUCUCUCUCUGGAAACUUAGCAAGACACAGCUCUAUCACAGGAAAGAGAAAACAAAAGUGAAGAAUUCAAUUCCAUCCCAAUCAUCAAUAACAAAGAAGAAGAACAAGAAGAAAAGAUUUGCUUAACCACAAACGUGCUUUUAAUUUCCUUCUCCUUCUUCAUCUUCUUCUUCUUCUUAUUUUUUUUUUUUUUUAACACAUCUUAUGUUAUCUUUCAAGUUUGGAGAGGUGGAGGAAAUAGGAGAGAGAAACCAUCUUUGGGGUGGGAGAAAGAGCAAAACAAGAGAGAUGACAUGGCAUAACGACUCUGAAGACGAAAGUGCCAUCCAAAUAGUCUCGCCUUCUCCACAACAAAAUCGUGUUAUCGAUGCAGAAGAAGCCGGUGAAGUUCGCUUCAUAACAUGUCCUUCAUGUGGCCAUAAUAUAGAAUUGCAAGAUCGGGCGGGAAUUGAAGAUUUGCCGGGGCUUCCAGCCGGGGUGAAGUUUGAUCCAUCUGAUCAAGAAAUUCUUGAACAUUUAGAAGCUAAAGUGUCAUCAAAUGCCCAUAAAAUUCAUCCUCUAAUUGAUGAAUUUAUUCCUACAAUUGACGGGGAAAAUGGAAUUUGCUACACACACCCAGAAAAGUUACCAGGUAAUUAAUCUUUUUUUUUUAAAAAAAUUA